UGUGUCUCUCGCUUGGCUAAGAGAACCUGAGGUUCGAGCAGAGUGGCAUUCGCAUACGAGGACUGGGACGGUGCGAUCUACGGAACAACAACAAAAACUGGAAAUUUUCUUCUCAGAUUUAUAGCAAAAGUGAAAUGUCUCACGGUGAUGAGACCGCCCCAUUCUUCGGCUUCCUGGGCGCUGCGGCCGCCCUCGUCUUCUCCUGUAUGGGAGCUGCGUACGGAACUGCAAAGAGUGGGGUAGGCGUGGCGUCGAUGGGUGUGAUGAGGCCGGAGCUGGUGAUGAAGUCUAUCGUGCCGGUGGUCAUGGCUGGAGUGUUGGGUAUCUACGGUCUUAUCAUUGCCGUCAUCAUCAGCACCGGGAUUAACCCUAAGGCCAAACCCUAUUACCUCUUCGAUGGCUACGCACAUUUCUCCUCCGGUCUCUCUUGUGGCCUCGCCGGCCUCUCUGCCGGCAUGGCUAUUGGAGUCGUUGGUGACGCCGGUGUUCGAGCAAAUGCACAACAGCCAAAGCUCUUUGUUGGGAUGAUCCUCAUUCUUAUUUUUGCUGAAGCAUUGGCGCUCUAUGGUCUUAUUGUCGGCAUCAUCCUCUCUUCUCGAGCUGGUCAGUCAAGAGCUGAAUGAAUGUGCACAUUCUUCUGCUGGGUGGUUGUGUUUUGUUUCUGUCAAGCCAAAAGUUUUCUUUGUUACUACAGAUUCUUGUUGAUGAGGGUGAUUGUCUUCCCAUUUCUAUCAGGAAGUGUCAUGUUAUGGUGCUAGGAUAUAGAAUUAGAAAUUAGUUUUUCCGCUUAAUAAGUUCAAUUCUUCAUCUAUAUGAUUAUGCAUUAUGCGGAUUUAAUUA